UCCGGAGUGCUCUUAACAGACAUGAAAACAGUUUAAAUGUUGGCUGUGUGGUAUUGAUAUGUUAAUUAGAUAGAGUUCCGCCAGUGUUUUUCCCAUUGUUUGCUUUUUUCUGAGCUCUGUGCAAUGAAUGGUAUCAGGAUUUAAGUGCGUUUUGUGCCAUACAUAGUGCCUAGGGAUGUGUUUUCUGGGCUGAGCGAUGAAAAUUCCCACCCUUCACAGUACUGAACCUACCACUGUCAAACACAAGAGCCAUUUUGUCCACCCCAGUUCCCUCAAUGAGUAUAUGGACAAAGGGAGGAAAAUUAACAGUCCCGGCAUGAAGAAACGUCUCUUACAACAGGGCGCGAGAACGUUCGGAGUCCCCCUUUCUGAGCUUGUGGACAGGGCUCCGCUGGGCUAUCGGGUCCCAUUUAUUGUGAAGAAAAUCUGCUCAUUUAUUGAACAUCAUGGACUCGAGUACGAGGGAAUAUUCCGCGUUAACGGCAGUCAACGUGUGGUGGAGAAGCUACGAGCAAGUUUUGACCUUCAGGGUGACGCAAAUCUCGAGGAGGAUAACGAUAUGAUGGCUGUUGCUGGGCUGCUGAAACUCUUCCUGCGAGAACUGCCGGAGACUGCUGUUCCUGAGAAAAUGACUCGGAGAUUUGUAAUGGUUCAUGAAGAACACCAGCGGGAUGCCAGGGAAUGUGUCAACCACUUGAAGAUGUUACUCAAGGUUUUACCAGAAGAGCAUUACGACCUGCUGAAACACAUGAUCCGCUUCCUUGCGAUCGUAGCGUGUAAUGAGGCAGUCAACAGAAUGAGUCCCAUGGCCCUGGCAAUUGUAUUCGGACCAAACCUGUUCAGAUGUGGUAAGGGAUUUCUGGCCCUUAAGGACCAAGGAACAACCAAUCAGAUUGUGUAUCGAUUUAUCGUCGACUACAACACUCUGUUUAAAGACUCGUCGGAGGACACCCCAGCUGUAUAUUGGGAGCGGAAAAAGCACAACCUAGUUCCUCCGCGUCCUCCCCCGCCCAAAAUAGCGUACCCUGAGCCCGAGGCGGUGAGCCCUAAACCCACCCCGUUACCUCGUAAGAGCAAGUUAAAAACCCAAGAAGGAAGCCAGGUGCCUGAGAUCGAGGAACCAGACCGCAGCGAGAGUUCUGUAUCAUCCAAGGGACGUAACUCCCACUCAUACAACAGUCCCAGCUUCAGUGACGAUGAGAUGACGGGCAGGUUGUCUCCAUUCCAUCUUGACAGUGAGAGCGGCUACAGCCUUAUUGAGUCGCCUGUCCCAUCUGCCAGGACUUCAGAGUUUGUCGAUAAGGCGAUUAAGGCGACGGUAAUCGGGCACCUGUUUGGGGAUGAAUGUUCGCUACUGAAUGCCAGUAUUGAUACGACAAUAAGAGAGGAAGACUCAGAACAUGCUACUGAGGCCGAUGUGGAAAAGAAGACAACGAAUAACAAUAGCAAUGCCACCCAUGAAGCCGGACCAGGAGUGAAGUCUCGUGUGCAGGCAUUUGAAGCCCAAGACAUUGAAAACUUUGAGCCCGCAAGCAACAAACCAGUUAAACAGAAGCCCAUGUCCAAGGCAUUCGAAAUGUUUGAGAAGAAGGGCGUUAUAAUUACACAGCUCCCAGCAUCUGGGUUAUCAGGAGUGGGUGAGGAAAAAGACGAUAGUGAUGAGGAAUUCGCUGCAAUACAUAGGAACACUGAUCCACUACAUUUGUUCAAGAGACCCACAGGACCACAAAAUAGAAGAUCACCUAGUCGUCAGUUAAGACGUAAUUCUACAGGAGAUUCUGACGAAGAAGUAAUGGACCAGCAAGAGCAAGUGCCAGUGAUUAUGAAUGGUCACCUUCCUCAAACUUCGCCCAUAGAUGUGCCAAAAUUACGCAGUGGUGAUAACACUCAUGGUGACACCCAUACUAGGAUAGCGUUCUUGGAUAUACGACAGGAUAAUACAAACAAUCGGGGGUUGUCGGUAUCACCAGAUAAGUCUCCGACGGUCAGUGCCAAACCAUUUGUUCCUCCCCUGGAUUUCUCGACACUCCAUGAAAACGUUGGAAGUCAAGACCCAAUAUUAGCCCAGAAGGCUCAAGCCGUUUCGUACCAGCGGGCCACGCUUGCAGCACCAGAAAUGCAACAGAACGAUGAUGAAGAUUAUGAAAAUGAUGUACCGUCGCCACGAUUGAACAAAGUCAAACGGAAGGCUGGCACGUCUGUAGAUGACGAGGAUUUACCAUUCUCUCAAGCGGAGCAAGACCAAUAUAAGUCACACAGUCAUGGAAGUACCGAUGAUGAACUUACUACAAAGAUGAAAGGUCAAAUGAGAAAAAUUCAAGGUCUAAAGAAGAAAAUUCGACAGUUUGAAGAUGUUUUUGAGAGAGAAAAUGGAUUUAGGCCCUCUCAUGCUGAAAAAGCCUCAAGAGUGGAAGUAAAGAAACUGCUUACAGAUCUCAGUCGGGCAAGGAAGGAGGCUAAACGUCUAAAAGAGGAGGCUGAGAUGGGCAGUCGUUCCAGACAUGGGAGCGGGACCUCGUCUGCGGGCGAACGUAUUGACCCACCCGACCUCCCACCAUCCAUGGGGUCCACCCUCGAUAUCAUUCUUAAACGUCUGCACGAGAAACGCAAGGACAUGCAUCGCCCAGAGGAUAUUGAGCUAAUGAACCAUGAUCAAGUACAAGAUGAGAAGCUGUCCGUGCAGAAGGCCCUGCUACACUUCGAGGGUAUUCACGGACGACCGAAAAGUCGUGAUGAAAAGGACUUGAUGCGGCCGUUGUAUGACCGAUACCGAACAAUAAAACGACUUUUGUCCCGGCAACCUCCUUCGCCUCGUAGUAACUUGGAGCUACAGACUGUACCAGAAGAUAAACCAAUGGACAUUCAGUCUAAAUAUAAUGAUGGUGUGCCCGGUGAAAAAGUCUCGAUCCAUGUGCCAACAGCCAUAAUGGAGAAUGAUGAGGAGGAUGACAACGUCGCGAAUAUGGGUACAGCAGAUUUUGCGUUCACCCGAGAUUUCUCGAUUCUCCAGUCCCGCCCAGUUGCUGUUGAAAACCAAGGUCCCCAUUCUCCGAAGGCGCGACGGAAACUAGAGUUACCGGAAAAUGGGGUUGGGGGAGGGGGAAACAGGGGUCAUGUGACAGAUUCAAAUCUUCAUGAGCUUAGUGUCCCGGAAUUAAAAGAUGAGCUGAUGAAGUCUCGGGGUUCCAAAAAGCGGCUUCGGAAAACUCUCCGAGACUUUGAAGAAGGUUUUGCUCAACAGGCUGGCAGAAAAGUUGGACGAGAGGACAGACAACCUAUGCAAACAGAAUACAAUGAAUAUAAGCAACUUAAAGCCAGAUUACGUCUCCUUGAAGCCUUAUUAUCCAAGCACCAACUGACAGACCUUGUUUAGCAGUUCACAGUGUUAUCAUAGUGAUAUUUAUUUCAUUGACAACAGUAUUCAUAAUACAAGCUAGUGUUGUGAUAAACUAUAAACAUUGGAUGGAAGUCUCUAUAGAGAAUAGUCUUCUGGAGAAAAUUGAAUAGAGAAUAGUCAUAAUGGAUCAUCAUUCAGAGGGUUUGAAAUUUCUGGGGUGGUAUUUAAUAUAUAGUCAAAGUUAAUAGUAUGGUCGUGCAUCAUUGACUUCAUUCACUUUAUUGGUCAGUUAAUAAUAUUAUGUAAUCGGAUUAGCUACAUCGCUCUUACAUCCAAUUAAGACCGAUAUUGAAUACCAGCCCUGGAUUAAUCCUAAACAUUUGCACAGUUGCAAAGAUUGUUAACUGCUUGAAUAUUUGCAUCAAAUACAGUAGAAAGUAACUUGAAAUUUAAUAUAAAUGUUAUCGGAAACAAUUUCAAAUGGAAUCUGAGCUCCUAUACCCUGUCUUGGACAUGAAUCUCUCAUAUCCGAACAAACCCCCAGCUUUUUUCAGAAUUGACAAUGAUAAGUUGUUAGAACCUCUGAUAAUUAGAGAACGGUAUUCUGAAGACACUUGGUUAACAGUUGAAUCACAUUUUCUUUUGGUUUAAUAUUUUAUUUUUACACUCAAUGGAAUUUGUUUUAAAAUACAGUUUCACUUUAUUUUAGAAAAUAAUCUCCUCAUUUCAGGCUGUUUCCCAAAACAAAUGUUAAAAAAAAAACUCAUAAAAAAUCUAUGCCUUUUAGAAAAAGAUAUAUAACAAGAAUGAGUGAACAAAUUAAGCUUUGUAUGAUAACAAAAACAAGAACAUUUGGCUUUAGAAAAUAAUGGUUGUGACCACUUUUGAGUGUUUUGAAUGUCAUGAUAGUUUAGGCGAUGUUACAUUGUUGUCAAUUAUUUUGAAGUAAAGAUUGAGGUCAAUAAAUAUAUA